AUGGCAAUCUCCCUUCCAUCGAUUGGGCAGUUGGAUUUGGCAUUUGACAUGUAUCGGAAAUGGCGCCUUCCAAUCAUGGGCGCGCGGCGGCGGCACCUGUCGUCGUCUCCAUCUGCGCAGCACAUGGAACCCAUGCGAGACUACUUGGACCACAUUAGUGUGGCAUCGCAACACCCGUCGUCGCACUUCCUUGCGCAGCCCCGAUCCGCUUUGUCGAUCCAUCCCACGGCCGUCGUCCAUCCAGACGCCAGGCUGGGCGACGGGGUUCAAAUUGGGCCGUAUUGCGUCGUUGGCCCUGACGUUUCGCUGCACGCCAACGUCGUCCUCAAGUCCCACGUGGUUAUCGAAGGCGUGACAACCAUCGGCGAAAACACGACGUUGUUCCCGUUUGGGUGCAUUGGUGGCCCGCCUCAGGACAAGAAGCACGUGGUUGGGGAGCAUUCUGCCUUGGUCAUCGGCAAGAAUUGCCUCAUUCGGGAACAUGUCACGAUCAACUGCGGCACGAGCUUGGACGCUGGCACGACACGCGUGGGCGAUGCGUGCUGGAUCUUGGCGGGCGUGCACAUUGGCCACGACAGCCAAGUGGGCACUCGAGUCGUCCUGUCCAACAACGUGUGCCUUGCUGGUCACGUGACCAUUCACGACUUGGCCAUCGUGGGGGGCCAAGUAGGCAUCAAGCAAUUUGUUCACAUUGGCAGAUUGGCCAUGAUUGGCGGAAAAAGCGCGGUCGACGGCGACGUAUUGCCCUUUGGUUUGGCCUGUGGCAAUCGAGCUAAGCUUGUUGGGCUCAACCUCAUCGGGCUGCGCCGUUUACAAGCAUCUAGGACCCACGUGAAAGAAAUGCUUCAAGCGUACCGAUACAUUUACAAUGUCCAAGGCAACCACUUUGCCCCACCGCUUCCGUUGGCACGGCAUGACACUCGACUGGCUCGAGCCGAGGAGGCCAAGGCGGCGGCGGGCGACAAUGUUAUGUUGCACGAUAUGAUUGACUUUGUGCGUCUCGCAUCAACCCGCCACCGGUCGGCGCUGUGUCCAGCAGCCAGUUAGCCAAUGGAUCUGCCUUCGACUGUACAACGACAUGCCAGUGACCACCCGUAGUCAAGUGUUCUAGGUCGAUAUUUUUCACACAUCAAAAUUAGCAAUAUACACAUCAUUGGACUGUCUAACCACGCGGCGGCCACAGAACGACCACCGCUUCCAUCAUGCUCUAGCUCUAGCUCUUCCGAAUCCCACGGCAUUAUCGCGGAUGUCUUGCAUACACAACCACUUCUAGUCAACGUCGAGGGGGGUCGUGGAGGCACUUAGUCGCCCAGCAGCUUUUUCAGCACUUCAAACGUCGUCCACGACACCGCUACGGACGGCGCAUGCACGCAUACCCGGGGGCCGACGCCGCGGAAGAAGCCGGCCACGCCUUCAUGCUUGUAGAUUUGGCCGAAUGCGUCCAAGAAGCCCCGAUAUUGCACUUUGGGCGCGGCCGACUGCACCAUCUAAAGUCGGCAAUCAAGCAAACGUGUGUGAGUGCAUACGUGGCCGCCGCGCGGCACGACGGCAAACUCGAGUCAGCACACCUUGUCGCAAUUCUUUGCGCC